AGCUUUACAGGCAGUUGUUUCAUAGUCAACAGCUCAAGGAAUCAACAUCAUCAGACAUCUGAAUCACCAGCAAUACAAGACAACAUCUCACACAAUCAUCAGACCAAACCUAUAGAUUCUAAUAUAAAAAUGUCUUGGAGUGAAGUCUUCUACCCUGGAAAUUCUGAAAGAAGGGAGCAGCUUAUCCGCAAGAGUCAACAGUUUACAGACCUGAUGGAAGGCAACUUCGAUGCCACCAAUGAUCUCAUUGAGGUUCUUAAUAAGUACUUAGGAUUUUCCUUUAGUCCAGUCACAUUGAAUGAGAAAGGGACUCUGAAGCAGAACUGUGAUGUAUUAAUUCAACACAUCCAUGAGAUCCAGGCUCAGAUACAGACGUUUGAUAAAGAGCUGAAAGAGAAGUUAGACCCUGUUGCUUAUGAGAAACUGAAAAAAAUGGAUCUGAUUCUGCCUGAGCAAGCAAAAAUUGUAGAAGAUACUGUUGGAGUUGGUGGGAGUGUAGUUGUUGUUGUAGUUGGGUGGUUACUUAAAAGUAGAUUUGUUCUGGAAAGUGUGGUAUCCCAGAUUCGUUACAUCGGAUCAACAACGAUUGGAAGUGUUGUGCUAGGGGUGGUAUUUUUGGGGAUUGAUAUGAUCGCUGGGGCUAUUAUGGGGAGUAUUGAGCGUGAUCAGCUUGAGAAAGCUCUGAAAGAGUAUGACAGUGCUUUGGAUGAGUUCAAACCAGCAUCUAAAAAAUAUCAGUAUAGGGUGACCGAAUUCAAGGCACGAAUUCACAUGAUGGGAGAAAAAUAAUUUCUAGAUUUUUAUCCUCUAGAUUCUAGUUAUCUUACAUAGAAUCAUAUGAUUUUAAAUCACUGAAUAGUUUAACAAUAUGCAUAAAACCAUUUAAUAAACAAUAACACAUUAAAGAU